CACAACAAUUCUCAUAAUUACUUUAGUGAAUUCGUAUCGAUCCGCCCCAAAUUUUUCCUGUAAGCUUCCAAUACGUGGAAAUUGAUAAAAGAACCCCUCGUUGUCGUUCAGACCCUGGCAGCUCGCUAAAGCGUACCUCGAACGUCAACCCCUCCAUCUUCAACUUUGACAACGCAAGCUCCAUAGUUCAUACAACCACCGUCAAAAUGGCAGAAGUUGAUCAAUUUGAUAGCGCGCUGUAAGCUUUUGAUAUAUUUUCCAUUACCCCAAAAAGUUAUAUCUGCGAAUAAAAACAAACCCAUAUGCGAUAAUUCACUAACUCAUUAAUCUCCACAGGGAUCUUCUCCGCCGUCUCAACCCCAAACACACCACCACCCACCUGAACUCCCUCAUUGAUCUCGUCCCCUCAUUAACAGAAGAUCUCCUCAGCUCUGUCGACCAACCUCUUACUAUUUCUCGCUGCCGAAAAACCGGUCGCGAUUAUCUUCUCUGCGAUUAUAACCGUGAUGGCGAUAGCUAUCGUUCGCCAUGGAGUGGUGAGUUUGAGACACCUAUAGGUGGUACUACGCCUGGUGGUAUUGAUGAUCAGGGAAAUAAUGAUGGGGCGGGUGAAGGUGCUGUGCCUAGCGAAAGGGUUAGAAAGAUGGAAAUUCGAGCGAAUGAGGCUUUUGAUGUUUAUAGGGAGUUGUAUUAUGAGGGAGGUGUUAGUAGUGUUUAUUUUUGGAACUUGGAUGAUGGGUUUGCGGGAGUGGUUCUUUUGAAGAAAGGUGAGGAUUAUUUCUUUGAUUCUCCUUCAAUGCGGUGGAUAUUUGGCAUAUUGGAUGUUGGAUAAUUAUUAUGGAUGCUAAUUUGCAUUAAUAGUCGCUCCUACAUCAUCCAGUUCCGCAGGUUCUUGGGACAGCAUUCACGUAUUCGAAGCUGUAGAUCGUGCCCGCACCGCUCAUUAUAAACUCACAUCUACUGUGAUCCUCUCACUCUCCACCAACGGAAACGAACUCGGCGAGAUGGAUCUCAGUGGAAAUAUGACACGACAAAUUGAGGCGGAUUUACCAAUUCUUGAUGAUGCGGAACAUAUAGCUAAUAUUGGAAGAUUGGUUGAGGAUAUGGAGUUGAAGAUGAGAAAUCUGUUACAGGAGGUUUAUUUUGGGAAGGCAAAGGAUGUGGUUGGGGAUUUGAGGAGUUUGGGAAGUUUGAGUGAGGGGGCUAAGGAGAGGAAGGUUAGGGGGGAGAUGUUGGAUGCUAUGAAGAGGUAGAUAGUAAGUAAGGUGAAGAUGUGGUAUUUGAUAAAGAAAGAUUAGAUAGAUGUGCUGGGAUAUGUGUUAUGUUUGCAUGAGAUAUGAAAAUAAAAGAGCAUUGAUUGUCUACUCUAUUAUAUAUAUAUCAAUGUCUCCCAGAUUAUAUAUUUUAAAAUUAUACAAGAGUCAAU